AUGUCGUCGAAAUUCCACUCUCAAGAUCCCAAUUCAUGCCAAGGGGCAACCGCAGCGCCCACACGGCACGUGAAGCGAGUCAAAGCCCAUGAACAUCGCCAACCAGGGAAUGAAUUGUUCUACCCUCUCAGGCCGAACACCUUCAGGAAGAUACUGAACCCGCCCCUGCUCAGUGAUACGGAUCUUGCAGAUGAUGACGGACACGUUGCCAUCACCUUCAUCAUGGCUCAGAUAGCAUCGCUUGAUGUUGUUUCCUUCAGCGGGGCGGACCAUGCUGAGAAGCUCGGCGUUGGCCUGUUGACAGUUGAUUCUGGCAAGCCAGUGGUUGCUGUGAGGGAUCUGCCAGGCGAUGUUUUCCUGGGGCCUGGGGGUCCAUGUUGA